AUGGCGUCCUCUAAGAUGAAGCUACGUGUGAGGAAGAGAGACAGCGCUGGGAAAUCUUCUCAGCGUUUAUUGGCCAACGCGUCGCCCGAUUCCAAAUGCCCCAUCUGCCUCGACGGCUUCAAUAACGUGGCGUCGCUGGACCGUUGCCUGCACCAGUUCUGUUUCCGCUGCAUCCACGAGUGGUCCAAGAACAAAGCCGAGUGUCCGCUCUGUAAGCAGCCCUUCCACUCCAUAUUCCACUCUGUCAAAGGGGAAAACGACUUUAAGGAGUUCGUGCUGCGUCCGCCGGAGAAUGGAGCACCUGCGAACGCCGAUCCGCCUGAGCGUGUGCUCCGCCCCCGAGUUCUCCGAGGCCGGGAGAGGCGGAGCCACAGAGCGCAAAACCCCGCCCCUUCCUCCUCCCCUCCGCAAGAGGAUGACGUUAUGUUCGACGGCCUGACGGACGCAGCGGCGCUCGCAGAGAACCAAGACGUGCAGCAGAUGGUGCUGCGAUUAACAGCACGCAGACAUGGGAGUGGCGAGGGGCGGAGCUUGCGGCGUUUGCGCGACCAAGAUGUUGUGGCGUUCCGACGCGCGCUUUAUAGGACCGGCGUGCGAGUGCGCAGCUCGAGGGACGCUGGCAGGCAGAGGGACAUUUCCGCCGUGUUCUUGAGACAAAAUCCCGGCUGUUUGCGACGGCUAUUGCCUUGGCUGCAGCGCGAGCUCAUGGUGCUAUACGGUUCGCACGGCUCGCUGGUGAACAUCGUGCAGAACAUCAUCAUCUCACGCAUCAUGAACUACAACAUGGAGGACUCGGCCAUCCGGGACGAGCUCCGCCCCUUCCUGCUGGCGCGCACCGACCACUUCCUGCACGAGCUGGUGAGCUUCGCCCGCUCCACCCUCAACAUGGAGGUGUACGACCAGCAGGCUGUUUACGACUGUCCCGCUCCCAGCUACGAGGAGGGCAGCAGCUCGGACCUUUCUGUUAUCGCCAUCUCCGAGGGUCAUUCCAUCUCAAGUGGUCCAAAAAGUUAG